GUCCCCCGACAUGCUGCCUGUAAGGUGAGCACCCUUGUAGCUACCGCCAGGAACAUCACCGCCCUCUCCGAACAAACAUCAUUCUGGGUGCCUCCGAUAGUUAUACGCAACACCGCUCUUCGUCGCUUCUUCGGUUCAAUCUUAGGUUAUUUACCAGGCAUUCUCUCGACCCUCUUCCGCCAUGGCGGCUAACAAGGCGUCCCGAUUGGGUGAAGAGAUCUGGAAGACACGGAUAGACAAGGUCAACGCCGAGCUGGUCGUCCUCACAUACGGCACCAUCGUUGCGCAGCUGUGUAAGGACUUUGACAGCGACUAUGUCGAGGUCAACAAGCAACUCGAUAAGAUGGGGUACAACAUCGGUCUGCGCCUAAUCGAGGAUUACCUUGCGAAAUCCAACACUGUACGCCGAUGUUCGAACUUCAAGGAAACAGCCGAGAUGAUCGCGAAGGUUGGGUUCAAGAUAUUCCUCAACAUCACGCCAACGAUAGCGAAUUGGACCAACGACGGCAAGCAGUUCUCCCUGAUCUUUGAUGAGAACCCCUUUGCCGACUUUGUGGAACUACCCGACGACGGCCGGGCCCAAGACGAGCUGUGGUAUUCGAAUAUCCUGUGCGGCGUGUUGAGGGGAGCGUUGGAGAUGGUACAAAUGCAGGUGGAGGCCCAUUUCAUCAGCGACGUGCUUAGGGGUAACGAUACGACCGAGAUGCGCAUCACGCUGAUACGAUAUAUCGAUGACGAGUUGCCACCAGAGGACGACUAGAGGGUGUGAGAAGAUCAAUGAUCAAAGAGCGGAUAAGGGUCGCCGGGAAAUACAAGGCCUCGGGCAUAACUGAUACAUGGCUAUUCUUAAUGUCUCAUGAGUAAACAAUGGAUGAUGAGGGCGUGCAAAACGUAUGUACCGCCCGUUGACUUGAUGGCGGUCUGUUCAUCUGCUCAGGGUUGCGUACCUACAGUGUCGAAGGUUUGCUUGCAGUUGUCUAGAUCCUUCGACUGCUAACCUUCUUAUACCAGACGAUAACCUAACACGGCGUUUACAAUCAAC